ACACAUGAUAAAGGUGACAAACUGAUAUCCACUCCUGCGACGAUGAAAAGCAAGAGUUUUGGUAUUUUGAUACUUCUUUCAUUUUCCCGCUGUUAUCAAACCAAGGAGACCAUAUAUAUUGGCGGGCUUUUUGGCCUUGACACAAGUCGUGGUGGGUGGAAUUCGGCGGGAAUUAUUCCCGCCGUUCAAAUGGCCUUUGAGGAGAUAAACAACAGCUCCAAAGUUCUCAAAGAUUACCACUUGGAACUGCUGAUUAAAGACUCUCAGGUUAGACGAGAAAAACUAGGUCCGUCCUUAAGAAUCAUUUUUUUGUUUAUAACAUGAUACCUUAUAAAACAUUAAUCCUCGUUCACCACAGUUUAAUACAGCAUACAUUUCAAAUAUUUAUUUGACUGAGAAUCUUUGAUAAAGUAAUCAAAUGAACAGAGCGUCGUCUGCUAAAACGCAAAUUCUUUAUUUCAAUAACCUCCGUCUUUCUUGAAAAGCACCUUUUCUUCCAUGAUAUCAUGAUGAUAUACAAAGAAAAGGAUAUCAUAAAACGAAACCUUAACAUUACUCUGGGAAAAACAGCAGAUGCUUUUAGCAGGUUGCCACACUUUGUUUUUUAGUUAUUGAGUCAGCUUUUCACCACACUCUAAUGAACCAAACAUACAGCACCUACGUUAUUUGCUUUUACUCAACAAACUAUGGUAUAUUGAAACAGUCCCGGGGUCACACGGUCAAGGCCUUUUUAGCUGUGAUCAAUUUAGAAAUACAGAUUUGAGUUUUGAAAUACGGAUUUUCUAGAUUUUUAACCGAUCGUGAAAGGUUUGCACAACAGCCAAACUUUAAUUAAUAUGUCAGACAGAUCGAAGUCUUUUGGGCAAUGAUCCAAUACUCUUAAUUAUCUGUAAAUUUGAAGACUUUAAUGGUCUUCCCUUCAUACUAAUCAAAACAAAGGCCUCGUCCACGCGUUUUCUCGACUUUAGCCUUCCGUCCACACGUUAACGGGAUUUUCAGGCACCAAAAACGCAGGUUUUCAUAAUAAAUGGUCUCCAAGGAAGAGAUUUUUGAAAACGCCGUUUUCUCUUUUACGUGUGGACGGAUGAAAACGGACGUUUUCUAAUACGUAUAAUAUAUUUAAUUUCAUACAUCAUAUACUACUAAACAUUACGCAUGCUCAGGGAUGAUCCAUCGUAUUUCCAUUGUUUUAGCGUUUUCACAUGGACGGGCGAAAACUGUUCGAAUACGCUACGUGUGGACGCGUUUGAGUUUGAAAAAGGAGAAAAAACUGUAAGUUUUCAAAACAGGGGACGUAAAAUGGAUUUGCACAAAGUUGCUCCUUUCAAAUCUGUCGCAAAUAUAUAAAUACUGAGGAGUAAAUAUAUGGCAAGAAUGGCAAACGCCACAUUUGUCUUUUGACUAGUUAUUUACACCCGCUGUUUCAGUGGUAUACAAAUGUGGCAUUUACGAUCUUUGCCAUUCAUUUACUCCUCAGUUGGUUUACAUUUUUUCGACAUAUUUGCUGGGAUCAACUUUAGGCAAUCCAUUUUUUCGUCCAAGGAAAACUGGAUAAGUGCCAACCAAGGCCUAAAUCUUAGAAGCAAAAUAAUAGCAUUUUUCAGCAUUUUAUGUCAAGCGGUAGAAGGACUUGGCAUAUAUAGUUUCAACCGUUUCAUUCGCGCGAAAUCAUCCCCCUUUUCUCUUGUUCUCCUAAGUUUGUGUGCUUCUUUAUCUGUUUAGUGCAGUGUAGGAGAAGCUAUACGGAGAUCAUUAGAGUACUUAUCAUCGGGGGAACCUAAAAUCAUGUUCUUAGGACCAGCAUGUUCUAAAGCAGCUUUACCGGUCGCUGAGUCGAUUCAUUACUGGAAUGUAGUUCAGGCAAGUCUAAUGAUACUUCUGAAAGAGUUAUGUACUUAUUAUUGUAUAAAAAAAAUAAAGAUGGAGUGAGAGAGAGAGCGAGAAAGAAAAACUCAAGUAAGUAAAAGAAAAAAAUUACUUGAGUGACAAGCUGUUUGAUUCUAGCUAAUUGAAAUGUUAAUAAAAAGAGAAAUCUUAGAAACCUUAUUUUAGAAUGCUUUUUCUUUCAAAUUAACAAAUGUCAAUUAACACGUGUUACUGAAUGAGCAAACGUAGUAGCUAUACCACUUACAUUCUUAAAAGAAAUUUUCAAACGAGUUUCUGAAUCAAUUCACCUAACACAUCUUUCUUCUAGGUAACGCCCCAUCGAUCAUGCUUAACUGGCUAUUAAACUGUAAAAAACACAGGCUUAUUAGGGUCGGUGUUGACGGACUGGUUUUUACUUUGUGCUUGUGUUUUGAUCACUGUCACAUUAUAAUUUAUAAUAACAAUGAACACUAAGCUCAAUAAAAAUCUUUUACUUUUCUUAGAUUGGGUUUUCCUCUUCGUCUCCUUUGCUGUCAUCGAAAUCGCUUUACCCGCUAUUUUUUCGAACAAAUCCUUCAGAAACGUUCUCUAACCUUGGACGGAUUGCAAUUCUGCGACGGUUCAACUGGAAGAGAGUUGCCAUCCUUCAACAGAAUAAUGAUGUCUUCACAGGGAUAAGUAAUUCUCUGGUAGAUAUGCUUGAGGCAGCUAAUUUCUCAGUCCUCGCUUAUGAGAGUUACAAAGAUCAUCCAAAGUUUGCUAUAGAAAAUCUGAAGGUAAGAUAACUUGUAGCCUUUUUACAGAUAUCUUUUUUUUUCUUUUUAUCUUCGAAGACCCACCCCAUCCUCUUGCACUUCGGGUCGUGAAUAAAUUCUAACUAUUUCAUUUGGCCGAUGGAGCCGAUAUAUCUUGUCUGUGAAUGUAAGACGCAAAGAAUAAUAAUGUUGUCUUACCCCGAUUUUAACUCUUACAUUGAGCUUAUGGUCAAGAUCACUUCCGUUUUCCCUUUUAAGUACAUCUGCCGUGGAAAUGAAUUAUUUAUCGCUAAAAGAUUAUUUUUGACCGACGGACGGUCGGGCGGUCGGUGCACGGUCACGGUCUGAUGGGUAGAUUACUUCAUUUUCUUAUCCAUGGUGCUCCGCUGACGCGCUUCGCGCGCGAGAGCUCAGCUAUAAAUACAAAUUCGAGUUUCUGCCUCGCGCUGAUGACGCGCGUUCCCGAGCAAUGCCAGUUCCAAUAAAAUUGUAAUCUCGUUUCGCAAAGAACAAUAUGAUAAAUUCGAGAGAUUAAGGUUCAUGUUUACCGCAAACUGCAAACGUCAGAUUCAAGUUGAGAAUUUCUCAGAAUAGAAAAUAAGCAGAUAAAAACAGUCCCGAAAGAUUCAUAUGGUUAAAACUGGGAUAAAACUACUUCUUUUUGUGUAGAAGUAAUAAAGUGUCAGAAACGGAAAAUAAGGGGAAAACUUGGUCACGUGGUACAAAUUCACGUCUGCCGUUUUGGAGUAAACGUGAAUCGUAAUCUCUCUAUCAUUCGUAAUCAGCACCAUAUUAAUCAAAGCAUUCAUAGCUCUACUUUGAUAUAUCACUUUUGCAGAAAAAAGAUGCUCGCAUAAUGUUUGCAUUCUUCUAUCCUGACCAACAUUACGUCGUAUAUUGUGAGGUAAUCAUUUUCAGAGAGUAGGAAUUAGCUAGUGAAGACAUCUGCAUAUAAACUGUCUCUGAGAUUAUGAAUGCACCCCGAAAGCAAUUGUGGACGUCUAAUUUGACGUGUGAAUGGCAGCGAUGGAAUAUUGCCCGCUGCUACACUGGUCUAAAGUACUUCCCUGCGUACGUAGUUUAGACGGAGCUUUUUCUUUGUGGUAAAUAAUCGCCUUUUAACAAAUAUCACGAGGCCCCGGUUGCUCAAACGUUUGAUAGAGUAUCCCGGAUGGGUCACCAUCAAACAGAUAAGUGUUAGGGAAACCAAUAGCUUUAUCUUCUCAAUAGGGAUUUAUCCAUCUGUGGAUAGCCUUAUCCAUCUUCUGAAAAACUAGCACCAGAACUCUAUAAAUGAUAUGCAGUCGACUCUCUCUUAAGGGACACCUCUAUAAGUCGGACACCUCUGUAAAACAGACACCUAGAGUUGGUCCCUGCCUUUCUUUACUCCCUUUAUUUGUCUCUCUAUAAGACGGACAUCUUUCUAAGAAGGACAAUUAGUGCCGGGCCCUAAGGUUUCCAUCUUAGAGAGACUUGACUGCAGAUUUUUUUUGCUAAAAUAAUACCAAUUUCUACGUUUGUAGGCGUUUAAACAAGGCAUGUUUGGUCCUAAAUAUGUUUGGUUUUUAAUCUCGGGUCGGAAUCAAGACAACUGGUGGAAAGUAAAAAGCCCGCUUGUUGAUUGCACUCCAGAACAAGUGCGAAAAGGAUUAAGCAACAACAUCGGAACUGGCGAGUUAAAGCUAAGUCCCCUCCCUGGGACAACAAUUCACGGAAAAGUAAGUGUACGGGAGUAUAACAGCCUUUAUUAUCGUUUGCGCUUAAUAUGGAGUCUGCUAGGUAUAGGUUUCACUGCAGUAGUGGAGGGGUCGGGGGGGGGGGGGGGGUGGGUGGAAGUACAGUGGAGACCUUCCUCCUCCCCUAUAGUGUAUUCCCGGCUGCUCCCCCUUUCCCUGGCUUCCUCUUUUUAACACUUAAGCAUUAUUGCGUGAUUCUUCUCUAUUUCUCGCGCUUCCUGCAUUUUUUGUACUCCUACUGGCUUCUCUUUCCUCUUCCGCCUCCCUUCCCCCUCCCGCCCCCUAUUCUCCCCGUCUCUCACCCCAUGGCCUCCCCCACUGCAUUAGUUGCUACACAUAAAUUGCAAACUCUUUGUGCCAUAUAUGUCAUAUUGACGCAUAACCAGUCGACCUCAACACUUGAUGAAAACUGUAACACUGUCUAAGCAGUCAAAAGGUUGCGAUGCAUUGGUCAAGUGAUUGAUAAAUUACAUUCUGAGACAGACGAUGAUAAGAUCACACUGAUUCCAAAUCAGUUAAUUUUUCAUAUUGUAUAAGUCACGAUAAACCAUACAAGUCGAAAUUAACACGUCUAAUCUAAUUUUGAUUAUAACUAACUGGUGCACAGAAAAGAAUUGUCUUAACACUCAAUAAAUCGACAAAAAUUUUGAUAUCAGAAAAAGAUCAUUGUCAUUUAUCGUAUUGCAUUAACACUUCCUUUAAAAAAAAUCGUAAAAACUUAAUUAUAAAGUUAAUACCUUCCUUUCUUUUUCUGUCACUUGUUUUAGACACCCCAAGAGCUUUACUUUGAUUACCAAGGACGACUCAACAAGUCAGGGUACCGCGAAAAUACGUUCGCUUCGUACGGAUACGACGCCGCUUGGACUUGCGCACUGACUCUCAAUGCCUCUAUUGAUGUCUUACAGCAGAGAAACCUGACACUAACUGAUUUCAACUACAGUCGUGCUGACAUGAGCAAAAUCUUCGUUGACAUUAUGAAGGGAAUUUCGUUUCGAGGGAUGACGGUAAUUAACUUACAUAGUCGUACAUAAGUUUUUCUAGUAUCAGAAAUCUAUAUCUAAUAAACCCAUAUCGUUUAGGACGUUACACCAAGGACCUGAGUACAACGAUAGCGAACCAUGGUGUUUGGGAAGAAAUCUCCAUGAAUGUUUCGUCCGCUCUGCUGGUUGAAGGAUGAUGAUGAUAUCUUACAGACAUUCUAGUUACACAAAAAGAGGAUAAAACAAUUAUAGAUGUGAUCAUUAUAUUUAACAGUUAAUGAAUGAGGCUGAGUAUCUUAUGAAGAAUUAUGAAGAUCGAGGAGGGUGUUAUCCGUCGAGGCCGUUGGCCGAGGCAGAUAACACCCUCCGAGAUCUCCAUAAUUCUUCGCAUGAUACGAAAGCCGAAUUCAAUAACUGUUUUAUUAUUCAUUCAAAAUAAUUCCAAGUUUAAAAACAUAGCUAAAAGAUGCUUACUUCCAUCGAUCCAUCGAUGUUCAGUUCAUCUUCGAUAGUGUACGUUUAGGUUUGUCCAGCUCCGCAAAUAUUCUCCAAAUAGCAGAUGUCGCCCUUCGAGUUGUCUUCUUGCUGUUCUUGCCGUGUUUUUAGCUAUUUUUUCGCCUAGUUCUUACUCUUGAAACGAGUGAAAUGUCCGCCAUUAUUUUAAGUUCACAACCAAAACAACUCAACCUCGUCCCCAGUUCUUCUCGGUUAACGGUGCCUUAACCUGCGAAAACGCUGCAUUUUUGACGUCAUUUCCUCGUUAAAGUCAAAAUUCCUCCAAAUUUGGUCAUCAGUAACUGGUUAUGGUGAAUUAAACAUGUGCUUUUAGCCAAUCAGAAUUGGGGAAAUAUUUUGAAUGAAUAAUAAUAUGUCUUAAUUUUACUAUUCAACCUUUUAACAUAAGUGAACUGUUCCCGAUUUAUGAUGCUUUAAAUAAGAAAUUAGGGACAUGUUUGGAUGGCGUAUUUGAUGAUAAGAACGAAGUACCGGCGAUUUAAUUGUAUUACUGAAUAGGACUCAGGCUCCAAGUAUUGAAAUACUGGCCCAGUGCUCACUGCCCACGCAUGCGCACCACCACAAUUUCGUUAACGCGGAAUAGACUUCUAUAGGCCUUUUCCGAGUUCCAUAAACUCUCAAUUUCAAAACGAGACAAAGUGAGGUUUUUUUGCAUGAGAAUUAAAAAAUCAUUUUCAUAUCGAUCACUUUGAACUUGGCCUAGCUUUGAUACAGAAGCUUAACUUAAGUUAACUAUGAAAUGGCCUAUUGAAUAAUUGUAUUACCCACAAUUAACCCAUAGUCGUCUUUAUUAAAUAAAAGUUACUCCAUGCAUAUUUUAUAUUAUAAUUUUUGCAGGGUCAAGUGAAAUUUGACAAUAACAAUGACCGUAUAUCAAAGCUGGAGGUUAGACAGAUACAAGGUACAUGCCUUUUCCUGGAGAAUCAGGACGAUUUCAAAGGAAACGAUGGUAUAUAUUAAUUUGAGUCUUGCAUCAAAUUUUCUUCGUAGGGGAUACUGAUAGAAGAGUUGCAUUCUACAACAUGGAAAGUGACACUUACGAAGAGGAUGAUGACAGUAAUUACAUGUGGGAUGGUAAGAGGACUUUCGGUUAAUAAAAUGGAUAAAUUACACAGCCAAUUAUAUGCAGUGAAAUUAAGGAAAUAGUAAUGAUAAUCUCAGAUGUAUGAUGCUCGACGGAAUGUCACUUUUACAGAAUCAGCACUAUAGAGGACUCGGGAGGCAAAUCAAGAUUAACUUUCUUCUAAGGCUGUAUGUCUUUUGAUGUAAAUAGAGAAUGAAAAAACCGCUCGCAAACAAUUAAAAUACCGUAAAUGCUCUAUUAAGCCCCCUCUCAAAUACCUCCCCCCUCUCUCAUAAGCUCUUCCUUUUCCGGGGAGGAAAGUCAAUAAGCUCCCACCUUUCUUUUACGCCUCCCUCCCCUCCUCCUCCUUCUUAUUUAUUUAUAAACGAUAUCGAUAGACUGUAACAAUCAAUCACGACUGUAAAACUGUACUUUCGUGUGGACUGACGAUGAUUUAUUCAUCAGCUGGAAGUUUUGAUUUGCUUUUCAUCCUCGACUGCAUGACCUUGUACUUGAGCUUUUCCACUUUGCAUUCUUACUAGUUCUUUAUUGUGAACUGAUACCAUCGUAUGUGCUAAAUUAAAUAAGCCCCCCUCUCAAAUAAGCGCCCCGUCUCCAAUAAGCCCUCUCUUAAAUGUGUUUGAAAUAAUAAGGAUUUACGGUAGUGUUUGAGAGGCAAAAAGAAUGUUUUCAAUCGUUCUUAUAAAUAGAGGUAAUUUUAGACUUGAAGGAGUAACAGAAGAAAAAAAACUGGAUGGCAUUUCAUUCCAAAUAAAUGAAAUCAUUGCACUCUUUUUGAAUCAAUAAACAUAUUGAUAGAUUUUGGUUGGUAUAUUUUACGGAUAAUAAUGUACGAUAAUUUACGUAUACAGUCAACUCUCUCCAAGACGGACACCUUUGAGACCGGCACUAAGUGUCCGUCUUAUAAAGAGUCAAAUAAAGGGAAUAAUAAAGGCAACUCUAGAUGUCCGUUUUACAGAGGUGUCCGUCUUAUAGAAGGGUCCGUUAAGAGAGAGUCGACUGUACUGUUACCGCCAGCACUAGCAAUUCUUUCCAACACUGGGAAGCAGAGGUGUUUAAGUUAAUCAUGUCUCAUCAGAGAUGACAUUUUGAUCUUCCACGUUCAUUUUUCACGUCUUUGUCAAUAUAAGGGGGAAAAGUUCCUGUUGAUGGUCUGACAAUAGAAGAAAGACUAGAAGGUGUCCAUCCAGUGCUGUUCUGGUUUGUCUUCAGCCUUUCCAUCCUUGGUGUUUUAAUGGCUAUUUGUUUUCUCAUAUUCAACGUCUACAAUCGAAAUGUCAGGUAUAGAACCUCAGAUUUAAAUAUAGUUUAUAGGUGCCGGGGCCGGGUGCCGUCCCCCGGGGAGGGGGGACUAAAAAACGUUUUUUUAGGGGUGGCUCCGCCCCGAGUCCGACCCCUUACCCCUUUAAAUACCAUCUUUGACAGAAAAAGUAUGCCUUUUCUAUAACUUCUAUUGACAACUGGUACCCCUUUCAUAUGCCUAGUUUAGAACUUUGCAUCCCUUCCAACUUCUGUGAACGCACUGUCUACAGGUUGUGCAAUUCAAUAUUCUAAACAUAUUGGGAAGACUAUCUAAGCCUCCUUUUAAAAAGAACUCUAAAAAAGCUACUGAGUUAGUAUCUGCUUCGAGUAUGAUCGUAGUUGGCAAAUUUAACGGCCUUGGCAUAAUUAAUAUCCCCAAAGAAUUCUACAAUAAACAUAACUUUGCACAAUAAAGUACAAACGUAUAUGAAUCAGGUUAUCUCUAAGUUUUGGCUAAUUUUCUCUUACAGAUACAUCAAAAUGUCUUCGCCUAAUUUAAACGACCUAAUUAUAAUUGGCUGCAUACUUGUGUACAUCUCCGGCAUAUUGCUGGGUAUGAAAAAAGAAGAGAGUAGCAUUGGCUGCCAGGUAAUUAAUGAUAUAACUAGUCAAAAUUAGAUAGGUUUUAAAAUCCAAACGUCACACAUCACGUGACAAUGAACCAGGUCAGGAAGAGAAAGGUGUGAACGUGACUAUGCCUAGAAGUAAAAAAUACUAAACUUAAGUUGACUAAGUUAGUUAUUACCCUGAGAAAACAGCAGAAUGAAUGUAAAUAUAAUAAAUGUCUUUUAAAGAAUAUAAAAUAAAACAAAUAUUCCUUUGUUGUUAGGCUGAAUUAUGGAUUGUCGUCAUAGGAUUCACUCUGGGAUUUGGUGCAAUGUUCAGCAAGACCUGGAGGGUACACGUGAUCUUCCUUAAUUCUGCUACCACGAAAAGGGUAAAACAUUUGCAAACUUUACUUUUCUCCACUUCCUUUUUCCUCCAUUACCGUAUUUCUCAGUGAUGAUCCUGAAUAUUGGUACAGUCGACUCUCUCUUAGAGGACACCUCUAUAAGACGGACACCUCGGUAAAACGGACACCUUGAGCUUUUCCUUGCCUUUCUUUACUCCCUUUUAUUUGACUCUCUGUAAGACGGACAUCUCUGUAAAACAGACAUCUAGAGUUGGUCCCUGCCUUUCGUUACUCUCUUUAUUUGACUCUUUAUACUGAGACGGACAUUACUCUUAGACUGACACUUAGUGCAGGUCCCAAAGGUGUCCAUCCUAGAGUGAGUUGACUGUAUGUCAAAUAAAGCGUCGUAGAGCUCACUCAAAAAUUGAAAAUAAUUUCAAUAAAUUUUUAACGCUUUGUUUUAGCAGGGAAGUGAGCUAAGGUGCUCUAACUAGUUAACAUGCACUCUACCCAAGUAAUCAUAAAGACGUAAUACAAAAACGACUUGGAAGUAUUAACAAUCCCUUCCAGCAGGAGGCAGCCAAUUGGCUACUAACAAGCAUGACCGAGGAUUGAAACUCUGGCCUGGAAGGCCGAGAAAUAAAUCCAGCUAUUGGUUGUAGUGAGACUCCAACCCAGGACAGCUGGACGGCAAGUUUAACGCGCUGUAUCUAUCUGCCAGGCAUUAUUAUUCCAAAGUAAUGUAACUCGCGCGUAUCGACGGUUGUUUUCUGAAAAAAGUUAUGUUAUUGCAGGACUUCGAUUCUCUUUCAUUUGUUCUUAGUAUCUAAUCGAAAGCUAAGGUUUUUCUAUUUGAUAUGAAUGACUUUGUGCUGUUUUUUACAAUCCCCAGAUUAUCAUUCGGGACCGACAGCUGUUUGGUAUGGUUGCUGGGCUCCUACUGAUAGACCUCGUUCUUCUGAUCACGUGGCAAAUUGUUGAUCCACUGAGACUGAAAGUUCAAAAUCUAACACUAGAGGUAAAGAAUCGUAAUCGGAAUAUUGCUAGGAGUAGCCUUUAUGACAACAACAACAACAACAAUAAUAAUAUUAAUAAUGGUAAAGGUAAAUGAUAAUGAUAACGAUAAUGAUAUCCAAUGAUAAUGAAUCAUUGGAUAAUGCAGUUCUAAAGUUCUGAUUGGCUUAGCCAUCAUGGUAUAUUAGCCAUUACAACAUGCGCUCCAAAUAUGGUAACGGUACACGUCUGCUCAAAAUUAAAAACAAGCUGAAAAUCGGUUGUUUUUACAAAUAAAGUCGGGAAGAAUGUUUUUAGUAAAACAAUUAUUCCACUGGCACUUGUUGGAUAUGAGAUGAUUAAUUAUAGCCAACUCAGCGCUACGUGCCUUGUUGGCUAUCUACAAUCUCAUGUCCAACGCCCACACGUUGUUGAGUACAGCUAUCUGUUAUGUACCGUUGGUCAUUUUGAGUUUGCGCCUGAGUCUGGGUUGGUGUUGUUUGAAAUGAAUGAAUGGAAAUGAAGGGACUGUUGAGGAGACGCUGUUUACAAUAUUUUUUUUGAACUGCUCGGAGGUAUCACGAGGUUGUGCAGGAUACUCACCCAACCUGUGAUGUGAAUGAUGUGAAGGUUGACCACAACACCGGGGUCUACGUCCCCUAAUCUUUUGGAACAGUGGUUUUUUUUUUUUACAAAAGGACCAAGUUUAAGGUCAGUCUUUUAUCAUUCCUUUGCUUUUUAUGGGCCAAAAUAUCAGCAGCAUUUAUGUCUUCUGAUUCAGAUGUCGUUAGAAGAUGAUGAUACUGCCAUACAGCCUUACAUUGCCACAUGUACCAGCCAGAGUAUAACGAUUUGGCAGAUCUGCAUGUAUGGAUAUAAAGGUAAAUUAAAUAGCGCUCGGCUUCAACAAGAAAGCCCGAUAGCCUACAAUGUGUUAUACUCGCAUUCGUAACAACAACGACAACGAGUUGUCGAAUAUCAUGCCCUAACUCCGGGUGUCGUACGCGUAGUUAUGAAAUAAUUAAAUGUGAUUACUUAGUAACUGAAAGUCUUCUGCAACUUCAUUCCUAGCUUGUUUUCUUAGUCUGAAACGGCGCUACGGCAAAUGUGAUAAAUGGCGUGAAAAUGGUUACUUAAUCAUCUGUUGUUUGUUGAUGAUUAUUAUGCUUGAUUUCUCACACCUUAUUCAACGCCAAGGACUUUUCCAAAGUUAAAGAUUCGUCUUAAACAAUUCUGCUAUUCUCAAAGUGAGUAAAAAAUUUAAUCUGCACAUUUGUCUUUUUGCGAUGCAGGUCUGUUGCUGUUGUUCGGAGCGUAUCUGGCAUGGGAAACCCGCAAAGUGCAUAUUCCUGCCUUGAACGACAGCAAAAUGAUUGGCGUAUCUGUUUAUAACGUCAUCAUUCCAUGCAUUCUUGUAAUUCCUACUGUCGGACUGGUCCGUGACCGACCCACAACACAGUUUGCCCUGACGUCUUUUCUGACGUUAUUCUGUACUACCCUUACACUGUGCCUCGUUUUCGUGCCGAAGGUGAAUGAAAUACAAAAGCUAAUUUAG